AGCUUAGCAUCUGUUGUCAGAGAAAUUGAUCUCUCAACACAAAUUUUUCUUUGUAUGCUUGGAGUUGGAACCCUGACCACAUAGACUCUCCCAUGUGCUGUAUAUGAUUGAUUAGAACUUACAACAACUAAGCCUAGUAGUGGCUUUCAUAUUCACCCUAUCUUCCAAAGCUAAACAGGCAUUUAAUUAAUUAUAUAUUUAGGAAUAAAUAUAUGAAGAUGAAGUUGUCUCUGGUUCCAUAUAUAAAACACGCGGUAGCAGCUUUGAUCAAAAGGUGGGUUGGUAUGGAAAAGAAGAUCAUGAAUAGCAGCAUAGCGAAAAAAUGGCGACAACUCAGUGGGCAAGAUCAUUGGAAGGGUCUGAUAGACCCUCUGGACAUUGAUCUUCGCCGCUACAUCAUUCACUACGGCGAAAUGGCUCAAGCGGCAUACGAUGCUUUCAACACGGAGAAAGCAUCAAAGUACGCUGGAAGCAGCAGAUACGCCAAAAAGAGUUUCUUCUCCAAAGUUGGUUUGGUGAAUGGCAACCCCUUCACGUAUUCCGUGACAAAGUUUCUGUAUGCAACUUCGGAAAUUGACGUCCCUGAUGCGUUCAUCAUAAAGUCGUUUUCUAGGGAGGCUUGGAGCAGGGAAUCGAAUUGGAUAGGGUAUGUUGCGGUGGCCACAGAUGAAGGGAAAGCUGCGUUGGGUAGAAGGGACAUUGUGAUUGCGUGGAGAGGCACGGUGCAGACAUUGGAGUGGGUUAAUGAUCUUCAGUUUCUGUUGGUUCCUGCUCCUAAAGUGUUUGGUAAGAACACAGAUCCUAAAGUGCACCAGGGCUGGUACUCCAUUUACACCUCUGAGGACCCUCGUUCUCCCUUUAAUAAAACCAGUGCUAGAACCCAGGUCCUAAGUGAGGUGAGAAGACUGGUGGAGCUAUAUAAGAAUGAAGAAAUAAGCAUAACAAUAACCGGUCACAGUUUAGGUGCUGCAAUUGCAACCCUUAAUGCAGUGGACAUUGUUACAAAUGGGUACAACAAGCCAAGUGAUCCAUCUCUCAAGGCUUCUCCAGUUACUGCCAUUGUGUUUGCCAGCCCAAGAGUUGGUGACAUAAACUUUCAGAAGGUUUUUUCUGGCUACAAAGAUUUGACAACCAUACGCAUCCGAAACGAGUUAGAUAUUGUUCCAAACUACCCUCUUGUUGGGUAUUCGGAUGUGGGUGAGGAGUUGAAGAUCGAUACCCGAAAAUCGAUGUACUUGAAGAGUCCUGGGAAUCCAUCUAGUUGGCAUAAUUUGGAGGCUUAUUUGCAUGGAGUGGCAGGAACACAAAGGAGCAAAGGAGGGUUCAAAUUAGAGGUUCAUCGCGAUAUUGCACUUGUGAAUAAGACCUUGGAUGCUCUAAAAGAUGAAUUCCUUGUGCCAGUGUCAUGGAGGACUGAAAAGAAUAAGGGUAUGGUUCAACAAAAUGAUGGUUCGUGGAAGCUGAUGGAUCAUGAAGAUGAUGACUUUUGAUCCUUAAUUUAUUGAGACUAGAGAAUGUCUUAAUUUCGGUUUGCACUUUCACAUUUGAGGUUGUUGUCAGUAAUAAUUUAUAAGUUAUCUUUCAUUUUUUUUAAAGUAUCAAUAGACGUCCGAGAUUUCUCGACUCAUUGGAUGAGAAACCAAUUUCGCUUCCAAUUAUUUGUUGUUGUUGACUAAAAAUAAUUUUACACAAUAAAAAAUCAAAUACAGAUUAUCCCAGUCAA